AUGGUAAUUGCUCGUGCUCCAUUGUCUAAAAAGACUGCAUCUUCAGUUAAAUCUAACCCCUUGGUUGAAGCUACUCCAAAGAACUUUGGUAUUGGUCAAUCCAUUCAACCAAAGAGAAAUUUGAGUCGUUUCGUCAAGUGGCCAGAAUAUGUUAGAUUACAAAGACAAAAGAAAAUAUUGUCGUUAAGAUUAAAGGUUCCUCCAACCAUUGCUCAAUUCCAAAACACUUUGGAUAAGAACACUGCUGCAGAAACCAUUAAGUUGUUCAACAAGUACAGACCAGAAACCUCAGCUGAGAAGAAGGAAAGAUUGACUAAGGAAGCCGCAGCCAUUGCUGAAGGUAAGUCCGCCAAGGAUGUCUCUCCUAAGCCAGUUGUUGUUAAGUAUGGUUUGAACCAUGUUGUCUCCUUGAUUGAAAACAAGAAGGCCAAGUUGGUAUUGAUUGCCAAUGACGUUGACCCUAUUGAGUUGGUUAUUUUCUUGCCUGCUUUGUGUAAGAAGAUGGGUGUUCCUUAUGCUAUUGUGAAGGGUAAGGCUAGAUUGGGUACUUUAGUCCACCAAAAGUCUGCUGCCGUUGCUGCUCUUACUGAAGUCAAAUCUGAAGACGAAGCUGCUUUGGCCAAGUUGGUUUCUACUAUCAAUGCCAACUUUGUUGAAAAGUAUGAAGACAGUAAGAAGCACUGGGGUGGUGGUAUCAUGGGUGCUAAGGCCCAAGCCAAAGCUUUGAAGAGAGCUAAGAGAUCUGAUGUUCCUAGUGUUCGUCAAUAA